CCAGGCAACCAGGAGCUUGGCGGUUUCAGGCAGCUUCCGGGCAGGAGCGGCAUUCGCGCACAGCAAAGGUCCGCUCCGGUGUCAGACUCUGGGCCAGAGAUGGGCAGCAGACGUGACGGUUAACUUUCUCUCACUGAAUACUAACAAAGCCAACGGGCUCCAUGGGUAACAGGGGCCAGGCUACAGCGCUUCACCAAACCACCCAUAAUGUGUUAACGAAGGACAGGAGGAUCCAUCACAAGGCGAUUGGGACAUGUCAGAAAGCUCUUCUGGCGUGAACACUCUCAGUGGAAGCUUUCCCAAGUCCCACUCGUCCCAGUAUUCAGAGCUCGGAGCUACACGCACACCUCUCUCAGUGGACCACAGUCCUGAUUCUGGACUGGUAUUUACACCUCUUCCCUCAAGUCGCUUCCAGUUCGUGCCGUGGCACCGCCUGGAGCAGUGUGACGUCACCGGCGACCAGCUGACCUGCCCCCGGGUUAGAGAAGAAGGACCAUCAGAGGAGAACUUUAAUUUUACAGAAGGAAGAAAUUUCGGUUUGGAGAGAGGAAGGAGGAAGAGGCGAGAGGAGGAAGGACAGAGCUGGGAGGAGAGAUUGCAAGAAAACUGGGAAAACUGUAAAGAGCUGAAUCUCUCCUACCAAGACCUGGGUGAUCCCUACCAGAGGGAAAACUUUCUCCGCAUCCUCCGACGGUUGAUCCGUGUGGAAAGACUACAGCUAAUCGACAACUCACUCGCUGACCUGAGUUCAGUCCGUCUGCCAAGGUGCAAAAUGCUGAACUUGCAUUGUAACCACCUGGUGUGUCUGCGUCAGCUGCCAAAGCUCCCAGCGGUGGAGCACCUCUGUCUAUCGGAGAACGCCAUCAGCUCCCUGCGGGGGCUGCGGGCUCUGGGGGGCAGCCCUCUGCGCUCCCUCAACCUGACCCGCAACCCGGUGACCUUCAGUCGGGACUACCGCGCGCACGUCUUCACCUGUCUGCCAAAUCUGGAGGUCUUGGACGGCAUUCCCAAGCUGCCAGGAGACUCGUUGCCCCUCCGAGCGAAGGGGCCGGAAACCAGCAGGAUGUGUAUGAUCUUAUGACUCUUUAUGGCUGAAGGACGCAGACAGGCUCGGUGCGGGUUCUGGUGUUCACUCCAGUAACGUUUAGAACUUUGGGAACAACAGCGCGGAAAAUCCUCAACUUUUUGCUCAAAGGAAAGCCAGCCUGGUAACAUUCGCUGCAUUUACUCAGAUAGUCCGAAACUACUUGUGAGAGACUCGAUGACAGCGUGCAAACUGCUUUUUAUCCAAGCUAACGAUGACUUUUGCUCACGUUUUAUAUAUCAGAUAUUUUGUACAAAAUAAAGAUAUUUUGAUA